AUGAAACAAGCACCGAAUGCAGUGCCACAAGAGAGCCUUAACAAUCCAUCAUAUUACCCAUUUUUCAAGGAUUGUAUAUGUAUGAUAAAUGGGACACAUGUGGAUGCUAUGCUACCUGCUAGUCUUGUUGCAUGGUUCAGAGGGCGUAAAGGUGUCACACAAAAUAUUCUUUUAGCUUGUACCCCAAACAAAUUGUUCACCUACGUAUUAGCUGGGUGGGAAGGGUCUGUAAAUAACUAUAGAAUCCUUCAAGAUGCUCUAUCUAGACCACAACCAUAUAGCUUAAGAGUCUACACUGGCAAAUAUUACUUGUGUGAUGCGGGGUACACAACUAUGCUAGGUUUUAUAUCCCCUUAUCGUGGUGUUCGUUAUCAUUUAAAGGAAUUUACGGGGAGAACACCUCAAAAUAGGAGGGAGUUAUUCAAUCUUAGACAUUCAUCUUUGAGGUCAAAGAUUGAAGCUACCUUUGAUAUUUUGAAGAAUCACUUCAAGAUUCUCACAGCAAAACCCCACUACCCCUUUCCUGCACAAGUUAAAAUUAUUUUGGCAUGCACGGUUCUCCAUAACUACAUUGUAACAGUUGAUCCAAACGAUGAUUUACUCAAUAAGGACAUCAACAUUGAAGAUGAUGAUCGUGAAGAGAGAAUUGAAGAAGACAAUGAUAUUGGUUGCAAUAAGAGAGCAGCCACUGAUGAAGUAGUAGCAACUUCAGCAACCCCUAAAAGAAAAAUGAAAGCUCUUGCUCAUAAGAAAAGAAAAAUUAUCAAAGAAAACGACAAUGCAAAUUUGGCCCCAACCAGAUGGUGGACUUCUACUCAUGAUGACGUGCUCAUACCCUUUCUUGUAAAUAUGGCUGCUCGUAAUAUUAGUGGUGCAGGUUGGGAUGAGAAAACAAAAACUAUUGUCAUAGAUCCUGAUAGUUUUGAUACAUGGAAUGAGGAUAAAAAUAAAAGCAGGCUUAAAGAUUACAUCAAUAAGCCUUUGAAUCAUUAUGAGAAUCUAGCUGUCAUUUGUGGGGAUGAUCAGGCUAGAGGGAACUUUUCAAAAGCUUCAAUGGAGAAAUUUGGUGGUCGUGAGCCAAUUAACCUUGCGGAUGACGACGAUAAUAAUGACGGUGACUGCAUUCCUAUGACUCAAAAAUCUCCUCAAGUGGCAAACUUAGAUGAUGAAGACACUCAUUCCCAAAACAACAACGUCAGGGCACCAAUCCAUGACAAUGCAAAAAAGAUAGCUUCUCAUAAAGGAAAGCUGAAGAGGUCAUAG